AUGAACAAUAAAUUUUGUUCGAAAAGUACGACUCAACGAACAAGAGAUUGUAUGCGCCAAUACCGGUUGGCACGCAGGGAAAGUGAAGUAUUUAGGGUGCUUCGAAAUAACGAACACAAAGACGAAGAUGAUGAUUUCAUGGACAUCUCUAAUUCACUGGAUCCAGUAGCUGGCGAUAUCUCAGAUAACGAUGCUGUUGUUAUGAUUGAUCAAGCCGUUUCAUUGUCAUCAUCAUCGUUGACAUUAUCGUCUGAUGCUGAAUUAUAUGAUGAAGCUGAUUGA